AUUAUAUAUUUUUUUUAGCACACUUGCCUUUAAUCAUCAUAAACAGGUAGCUGUAAUCUGCUGGUGAAUGCAGGAAACAACAUCCCUCCUGGAGUCGAGGAAAGCGCAUGCGCGUCUUUAUCACAAAGACGUGAUACAGAAAUUGAUUAAUACGGUUUGAGUUUCUGUUUUAAUUUCAAAAGUGGGGACUUCAAAUUAUAUACAAGGUUUUAAAUUUUGUCAAUAUUUUUUGGUGCGAGUUUUAUGCCAGAAGACACAGCAAACACCAGCCAUUUUAAGGAAAAAUUAUACCUUUUGUCCUAUUGGUGAAAAAGAAAAUGCACCACAUCAGCCAAUCAGAAUGCGUGUAUGGCAGCGCAUGGCAUUUUGUUGCUAAGGCACAGCGGCAAACCAGAGAUAGCGAGUUUUUAGAGAUUUGAGGGAUUUGUGACAUUUAGCGCGUUUGGAGCGUAUAGUCAGUGUGUAGUUUCGCCGUUUUUUUGUUUUGUACGACAAAACAAUGAGGCCACUACUGGAUGUGGAGCAGGCGAUGCAGCUCUUCCUUGAGCUGGAAGGCGCAGAGGGAGACUCGGGGCCAGAGUCUGAGCCUGAGAGUGAGGGCUUUGACGACGAAGUGGACGAUCCCUCUUUUGUUUUGCAAGAGGAAAGCGAUGACGAGGAGCCCCCGAUGUGCACACAGAGUGCUAGUCGGAGGUCUGCACAGAGGAAGGGACGGCAUGGCACGCCCACCAGGUCCAGAUCUCCGCUGACUCCGACAGCAGAGCCUGAGCCCUGGAAGACAGAGGAGAAUCCUGACACCGCCCCAGCUGUAAGCAGGUUUCGGCCACGAAGAACACCAGGAGUCCAGGUAGAGACACUUUCCCCCCAAAGUCCAAAAGACCUUUUUCUAUUGUUUUUUGCCACCGACACAGUCAUGAAAAUCUGCAGUAACACCAACAAAAAUGCUGCAAAAAACAAGGAAUUAGGGAAGAAAUACAACUGGACUGACAUAGAGAUGGAGGAUCUGUACAAGUUUUUUGGUGUCCUGAUCUACAUGUCAUUGGUGUCGCUGCCAAGUCUGCAAGACUACUGGAGACAGAAUCACAUUUUGUCUGUGCCUCUUCCAGCCAAAGUGAUGACCAGGGAAAGGUUCCGCUCCAUAUUUUGGAACCUCCACCUCAGUAAUCCUGCAGAGGAUCUAAUAAAUGACAGGAAGAAGGGAACACCAGGCCAUGACAAACUGUUUACAGUCAGGCCUCUUUACGAUGAUAUUCUCAAUGCCUGCCAGAAUUAUUACCACCCGAGGAGGGAGCUGGCUGUGGAUGAAAGGAUGGUGGCAACUAAGGCAAGAACUGGCAUGACACAGUAUAUGAAAAACAAGCCCACUAAAUGGGGGAUGAAACUUUUUGUAUUGGCCGAGUCAAGCAGUGGCUACACCAUCAGGUUCAGCAUAUACACGGGCAGGUCUAUGGCUGCGAGUGAGCAUGGGCUGUCCUACGAUGUUGUCAUGAACCUUAUUCGGCCAUCCUAUCUUGGCACUGGGUACCACAUUUACAUGGACAAUUUUUACACCAGUCCCAAACUGUUCAUGGACCUGGCCAGCAUGAAGUUUGGAGCAUGUGGCACCUACAGGGAGAACAGAAAAGGAUGCCCCAGAGGGAGGGCAAAUGCUCUCACCAAAAAAAGUGAAAGAGGAUCUGUGAGAUGGAUCAGAGAGGGCCCACUUGUGUUUGUGAAGUGGAUGGACGUCCGGGAGGUGUCUGUGUGCUCCACCAUCCAUCCUGCAUUUUCAGGACAGACAGUGCAAAGAAUGAAGAAGUAUGGAGAUGGACGCUGGGCUGCGAGAAACAUUCCCUGUCCUACACCGAUCAUGGCCUACAAUAAGAAUAUGGGUGGUGUUGACCUGUCAGACCAGCUCAUCCAGUAUUACUCCACCCACAGAAAAACUGGUCAGUGGUAUAAGACCAUAUUGCUGCACUUUCUGGACAUAGCAACAACAAAUGCCUUCAUCUUGCACCGUGAGAUUAGCAGUGUCAAGAAGGUGCAGCCCAUGACACACAAGGACUUCGUGGUGGAGCUGGUGCGUGAGCUUUGUUGCAUGGACAAGCAGGGUGUUCCCCAGAGCAGGAGGGCUGACCACAUCCCUGUGGCCAUUGUCACAGAAACAGAUGCUGGCCAGAAAGCCACCAAAGGAAGGCUGAAGUGUAAACGCUGCCUCCAGGUGGACAGCAGGAGAUGUGACACACCCUGGAAGUGUCAGGCCUGUGAUGUGCCCCUCUGUCUUGUGGUGGACAGGAACUGUUUUUCAGAGUGGCACAAAUAAUAUGUGGUGCAUUUUAUUGUUUUAUUGUGUUGUAAAUAGCUGUGCAGAAAAAUGCCUGAGGCAUUUACUGCAAGGUAAAUAGUUGUAAAUAACUUUUAUUGUCUGCUAAAUUUUUAAACAUGUUUGUGGUUUUCACAGUAAAAAAAAUCAAACUUUUUCCC